UAUGAAACCCACCGACUGAAAAUACCACGUUAGCGUCAUGAUUGUCAUAAUAACCAAACAAAACACGCGUUAAUUUAUAUUUGCGGUUUUCUUUCUUCACACUAAUUGUGAGAUCGGGUUUUGAGUGACGCUGUGAGCAAUUUGGUUAUCACAUUUUGCCAGAAAAAAGAAUAAUCAUGGGAAGCGAUAGGAAAUCGAAACGAACUUCACCCUCCCAACGAGAAGAAGACGAUAAGAGAAGCAAGAGGCACAGAACGGUAGAGGAUGAGGAGAAGAAGGAACGGAAGAGGGAAAAGAAAGAGACAAGGGAAGACAAGAAAUCUCGCAAGCAUUCCAAAGAAAAAUCUGAUAAGGGGAAGUCGAAAGAUAAGCACCGAAACAAGCAUAGAAAAGGUGAUGCCCAUACGGAAUUCCUACAAUUGUCAAAGGAUGACUAUUUUGCAAAGAAUAAUGAGUUCGCUGCCUGGCUAAAGGAAGAGAAAAAUGUGUUUUUCUCUGAUCUGUUGUCCGAGUCAGCACGUGAGUUGUUUACUGAUUUUGUCAAAGCUUGGAAUAAAGGAAAACUUGAUUCACACUACUAUGAAGGCAUUGCAAGCGGACCCCGCACAUCCCAUAACUGGAAGAUCAAGAAGUAACUUUAGACGUAAGAUCAGUCGUUUGGAUCAAUCUAUGUGAAACUUUUAUUUAGCCUUCCAUUCUAACCACCAAACUUGAUACAGAAAAUACAAAUGUGUUUUUUUAUCUGUGUAAA